AUGGUGGUCCUCACUUCCUGCCACUCCUCCCUUCUCACGUCCAAUUCGGAGCGGGGUGGGGAGCAAUGCUGGGAGCGCCGAGGGCCUUCCACUGAUCAGUUCUGGACCACUGACGAUGAGCUACUGGUUUGGUAUCCAGCCCGGCACAUCCGUUUGUCCAACGCGCUGACGAUUCCGACCAACACGCUGCGGGCAGUCGUUGGUCUACUACGGCGCAGAAGGCGUCUGCUCCGGGGCCGGUUGCAUUCCUGGCACCAACGAGCAGGAGUUUGGUACACCUACCCCCCAGGGAGCGGAAACCCAACGGGGGCGUUCAAAGAGAUUCGUGUGUUGGUGGACGGGAAAGUCGUUGGCGUGGUCUGGCCUUUUGCCACGAUUUACACCGGAGGUCUGAACCACGCUCUGUGGUCCCCUGUCGUGGCCAUCGGUGCGUUCCUGCUUCCCCCCAUGGCUGUGGAUAACACGCCCUUCCUGUUUUAUUUCAACGACGGCAACCCGCAUACCUUUACGCUCGACAUCGGUUCAACCAUUGGCUACUACUGGCUGAUAGAUGCAAACGUGCGGUGCUUCACGGACCCCACCCUCCCCAAGGGCCAGGCGCUGACGUCCGAGCUCCGCACAGCGCACCUUCUCGGCGACUGGGACAGUGCACAACCUAGUACGAACGUCACCCUCAGCACCACCGUCACUGCCCAGUACAGCUUCAGCAACAACCAGACGUACGACCCGACCGGGAUUGCCGAAACGUGGAACCAGCUGACAUCAUUCAGCACGGACGUCAAGACCGUGACGUCAGACGGUGCCACGUACUACCAGAACCAGUCCUCGUACAGCUACCCCAUGAGCGGCACCUAUGCGUUUCUUGCGAAAGCCGGCUCUGUUUCCGAACGGUGGACAUCAUGAGCGCGGUGAUUGACUUCCAGUUAAAGGAUGUUUCGGAUCUCACAUUCUCGAAAUCCCUGGGAUUGCGAGGCCUGGGAACACUCUACAGCAUGCUUGUGGCCUUUUUAAGCCUUUUGUUUGGCCUCUGAUCUCACCUGUACCCAAGGUACAGGAUCCGUCACUAGGUUCGAAGUGGUACAGGUGUUUUAAGCAGCCGGUCCACGUAUGUAUGCGCACAAGGGAUGCGCAUUUAUGUGACUUAGGUUUACCCGUUUUGCCGGCCACUUUUUAAAGGAGACGCUCGCUUUGAUGAGACGCUCGCUUGUAAGAUUCUUUGCGGGUUUGCUUGCCCUUUGCCGCACGCAACCGGCCGAGGGAAGUGACCCUUCGUACGAAAAGACAUGCGCCGCAACCGUUUAUUUGUACGCAACACACGUACAUGAGAGGCUUAGACUAACCCUCGAAAGAGGAUGUUUGGCAAUCAGAAGACGCUUGGAAAGAGCGAUAGGUGUUCCUUUUUGUGUAGUACCGUCCCUUUUGAUCGACUUGAGGUCUUGUUGUCCCGUUCAGGCGCCAAUAGACCGGUUAAUACUUCGAAAGAGACGCCAAGUGGCAAGCUAGUAUGAGCCGAACUUUGAGAUAUUUGUGUGCGAACAAGAAAGUCCGGCACUUGCGUUUCUUGUUGUCUACAAGAGAAAUGACAAUUGUGGAGUGGAGUC